UGAUAGAAUAAAAAGUGUCAAACAAUAUCUUCUUUUGAAAAAUUGAAAAAUAUGGGAUAAUUUAUUAAAUUCAUGGUUCUUCAUGCAGCUAUCGUUUAUUCUAUUUCAUAAUGAUACAUUUACAAUAAAUACAGAAGUACCAGUUAUGGAACAUCUAGAUGAAAACGAGGUGGCUGUUCUCUCAGUCGACGAAACUGCUGGUUCACUUACUAUCAACUCUGAGGGUCAAGUAAUAGACGAGACAAAUACAAACAGACGUAACUGCCUUUGGUCCAUCAUAUUUUCUACGAUUGUGCUUCCAACGACUGCUGGUGAUUUACUGCCAGGUGAAAAUGAAAGUCAGCACAGUCGAGACGGGAAAAUAUCAUCUUUAGUUGCAUUAAAAACGGCCGUGGGAAUUCUGAUUGUUUUGAUGUAUAUCAGGUUCGGGUCUACAAGUAUUCAAGGACUUCAGAUAAAAUAUGAUAUAGUACAAAUACUAAUAAUAAUAUUUCUAGUAAUUUCAUUAUUUAUCUACUUAGUUUUUAUUUUUGGUAUAUUGUAUUAUCCGAAUACUUGGACAUAUUCAGAAUCAAAGAGAAAACACACGUGUCUUAAAUUGUUGUUUAUUGUCAUUUUUACACCAUGUAACAUUGCAUACCUUGCAAUUAAAGUGAGUGUUCAUGUCAAAUGUACGGUAAAUCCGGAAAAUAGACAAAGUUUAUCAAUACAUAUAAUUUAUGAAUGUCUUUUCAUCGUUUUUCUGAUAUGUCAAAUGUUAUUUAUGUGUAUGUCUUCAGGGAAAAACUUGUAUAAAUCCUGUCUCACUCAUUAUGCUGCUACGAUAGUUAUAGCAUCAAAUGUUGCAAUUGUGUUCUACAGUUCCCUAAAAACCCAUUUUGAAGAAAUUUUACAUCAUGAUGCAAAAAUUGAAUGUUUUAAUUCGACAAUAGCAUUUUCAAUUUAUGAUUCUUCAAAAUUAUACUUAGAGCCUACUGUCAUUGAAAAUGCCCUUUUGUGCAUACUUGUUAUAAAAGAUAUAUUUUCCCGUUCACAUGACACUGAAAAAGACCAUAAAGCAACACUCAAGUAUGCUAUAAAGGGCAGACUACUGUGUGUCACUAUAUUAGCGGUUGUGUUUAUCUUUCCUUAUUUUUUACUCAGAAUUCUACUUCUUCAUAAUAGUGAUAGUAGCAACAACCUUUACUUUUUUCAGGCAUGCGCAUUUGCAGUUCUUAAAUUCAUAAUGUACAUAGUUUUGAUUAAAUGUUUUCAUUUUCUUCUGAUCAAUUGUAGAAAUUAUUAUACUACAUCAGAAACACCUCUAAAAUUGAACCAUUAUUUAAUUCUAUUUAGUGCUUUAGGAUCAGAGGUAUUUUUUGGACUAAAUUUUGCUGCAUCAGUUAAUAAGGAAGGAAAAGAAACAAUCUUGUACACUGUGAAUAAUGUAUUACAAUUUAUAACUACGUUUGUGCAAACUGUAUUAAUCAUCCAAAUGAAAGAUUACAAGAAGAUAGACAAUGUAUCUGUAUCAUGUACCUUCCUUUUCCUAGCCUUGGUUAAUUUUGGUCUCUGGUUAUACGAUACUUUCCUUGAAGCCGUGUAUUUUGAUAAUCUUCACUAUACAACAAUUUAUUAUGGACAAACGACGACUUUAACAAUAAGACAUUUAUUCGUACCAAUGGUAAUCUUUUAUCGUUUUAAAUGUUUUCUUUCUUUUUUUGAAUUAUCAGCUUUCACACCUCCGUUUGUAGAUCGUCUUCUUGGUGCUGUCGACAAAAUCAAAAUAAAAGUUUGUUGUUGUCAAAGACUACACAUAUAUGAGGAACUAUAAAACACUGGCUUUCUCAAUAGCCGAUAUUUAGGGGAAAAUAAUAAAAACAAAAUAUUGUGAGAAUUAUCUUGACCUUAUUGACAACUGUUCAAAGUUUCUCUUUUUAUUAUUUUUUGGCUGAUUAUGACGUAACGCCAGGGAGUAAAAGUAGGAUGUCUAUAUAACAUGGUGUUUGAAUAAACCGAUAAUGUUUUUUAAUUUGUUUUAAUUUUGGUUAUAUAAAUUAAAUUCUUUAAUACUAAAUUAAUCAGUGACAACGAAAAAUAUACAUUACAUAAAAAAAUAUUAUAUUUGAUUGAGAUUUCAAUUGUAAACACACAUAUCAACAAUAAGACCAGAUAAAAGAAGAUUUGCUGUCAACUAUCAAUUGCUUAGGAUGUGCAAGUACAAAGUUGAAACAUUGUUUUUGAAUACAUUUUUAUCAGCACUCCUUUGUUUUAUUUUGCUAGAU